AUGGCAGGUAUUGCCGCAAUCAUUCAUUUCGUCAAGGUUAGUUGUUAUAUUCAAGGUCCAACUGCCAUGUCCGGAAUUCCAGACAUAGAAGAUCAGCUGAUCGGCCUACUUAUCGUGCUCAUGGACAUCACCACAAGAAAACAUAUCAUCUACAGUCUGCUCUACGCCGCCGUUCCGCCAUGGUGA